AUGCUCGAUUACGGAGCGGACUCGCUCUGCUUCGUGAUGAUGCGCUGGGGCGGCUGGCCUCCGUGGAUCUCAGUCACGAUGCGGACGCUCCAGCUCAACCCGACCGUCCGCUUCCUGUUGCUCGGCGACAAGCGGCCGCUGCUGGCGCGCUGGCCGGAAAACUGCGCCUUUCACCGCGCCUCCGUCGCCGACGUCCUCUUGCGCGUGCGCGCGCUGCUCGGCGCCGCGCCGCCCUCGCUCAAGCUCGACGGUUCGAGCUCGAAGAUCUCCGACUUCAAGCCGCUGCUCGGCGCCCUCUACCCAGACCUGCUCCGGAGGUGCGCCUUCUGGGGCUACAUGCAGGCGCUCUCUCGAGAUGAGGACCAGCUGCUCGGGGACGUGCGCUCCUUCUUCGACAGCGCGACCUUGGCAGCCCACGACAUCUUCUCCCCGCUGCCGCCUCCGAUGCUCAACGCCGGCCCUUUCAUGCUCUACCGCAACUCGAAGCCCGUCAACAACUUGGCCCACGAGAGCGCCGACCUGCGCCGCGUGGCGAGGAGCGGCACGUACGAGGUCUUCGACGAGUGGUGGGGCAAGCUGCGCGAGCCGAUGCCGACCGUCGUCGCGCGCGCGGCAAGAGAAGGCCGUGUCCGCUCCUACGCGCCUCAGCCUCCGGAGACGCGCUGGUGGCUCGCUGAUGACUACGUCUACGACCGGCGGGGCCUCGGAGGCGGCGGCUCGGCGCAGCGGCCCUCCGGGUCUGGCCCGUCCGAGGAGGGGUGGUGGAUGCGGCAGUACGACUCGCGGCUCGCGACCGACCACCUCCUCCGCCUGGCCGCGCACGCGUCAGAGGUGGUCGUCUCGCCGCGCGGGCUCUGGCUCAAGGUCUCCCGCCAGGGCCGGUCUCACUCCUGGUACUCGGGCGCCUUCCCCGGAGUGCACGUCCUCGUCCGCUCGACGGAGCUAGCGCGUGCCAUCGCCGCAGCGGCGGAGGCGGCCCCAAACCGCUCCGCCUCCUCCUCCCCUGCUGUUGAUGCUGCUGCGGGCAUCGCCCCGUGCGUCUACACGGCGAAGUUCGACGACCAAGCCGUCCCGCCAGGCUCUUGCGACGAGUGCUCCCGGAUACAGGCCGCCGCCGAGGCCGCCGCUGCGAACGCGACCGCCCGCGCCUGCGGCGGCGACAGGGCGCACCUCGGGGCGCACCUCUCCUUCGAGUGCGAGCCUCGGGGCGGCUCCGUCUCGGCGCGCGGGCUGCCGGCGUGCGCGGCGCGGCUGGCGCUGCGAGGAGGACACGCGAGGCGAGAGUGCCACGCCGCCCUCGCCCGGCUCGCCCGCCGCUCGCUCGCCCUGCGGCUGCCCCGGACAGCGCAGCCGGAGGCGGUGCCGAUGCCGAGCCUCACGCCGGCGUGGUCCCUGGCGCACGGUCUCGAGCCCUGCCUGGGCAGAGCGGUCGCCGCGGAGCAGCGGUCUCAGAGCCACGCAUCCUCCUAG